AUGAUCCAUUAUCUAUCAUCAAAACAAAACCCUCACUCCGUUAACCGCUAAUAACAAAUCGAUCUCUCCCUCCACCUGCUGAAUUCACGGUGAAAUUCGAACAAUCUGUGAUCCGAUUUGGAAACCAUGGGGGAUUACAACGAUGCGUUCAUGCGCGGCAACAACGCCGCCGUUCAAGCUCGUACGAAGCAACAGAAUCGCGCCAAUCUCAUGCAAAUGAAGCUGAUUGGACAGAGUCAUCCAACAGGGUUGACCAAUAAUUUGUUAAAGCUUUUCGAGCCACGGCCUCCUCUGGAGUAUAAGCCACCACCUGAGAAGAGAAAAUGUCCACCAUACACAGGCAUGGCGCAAUUUGUAAGCAGCUUUGUUGAGCCUACUGACCCUGAAUAUGCACCUCCUGUUGAGAAGGGCGAAACUCCUGGCCAAAAGAAGGCUAGGAUUCACCAGCUACGGCUUGAAGAAGGUGCGAAAAAGGCUGCCGAGGAACUUGAGAAAUAUGAUCCAAACAGUGACCCAAAUAUAUCUGGAGAUCCUUACAAGACGUUGUUUGUAGCUAAUCUUAACUAUGAGACAACUGAGAGCAGAAUAAAAAGGGAGUUUGAGGCAUAUGGCCCCAUCAAACGGGUUCGUUUGAUUGCUGAUAAAGAGACCAACAAACCAAGAGGAUAUGCUUUCAUAGAGUACAUGCAUACACGCGAUAUGAAAGCUGCAUAUAAACAAGCGGAUGGAAGGAAGCUUGAUAACAGAAGAGUGCUUGUGGAUGUUGAACGUGGUAGAACCGUCCCUAACUGGCGACCCCGUAGACUUGGCGGGGGACUCGGAACAAGCAGGGUUGGAGGUGAAGAAGUUAACCAGAAGAACUCUGGGAGAGAACAACAACAAUCAGGAGGGGCGACUCGAUCUGUGGAGCCAAGAGCACAAGAAGAACGAGAACACCGGGAGAAGUCACGUGAACAGGUUAAGGAGAGGGAACGUGAGAAGUCUCGUGAACGGUCUCACGAUAGACCAAGGGACCGGGAGCACCGGGAAGAUAGGCACCAUAGGGACCGUGACCGAAAGUCAGACCGUGGUGACCGGGACCGAGAUCGUAGCGGCCGUGAUCGUGACCGACAUCGAGACCGAGACCGUAGUGGACGUGAUCGUGAUCGUAGUGGUCGUGACCGUGAUCGCCACCGUGAGAAGGAUCGGGAGGGUGAUGUUGAACACAUAGACCGUGACCGUGGGCGGUCACGUGACAAGGACUAUGAUUAUGAGCGGGUUGAUAGACACGAGAGAGACAAACAUGAGGAUAGGCAAAAGAGCUAUGACCAUGGGGACCAGGAGGAAUGGUAUGACCAACCUGAACAUGGGGGUGAUAAGCGGGUUGACCCAGAACGGGAUCUGGGAGGUUAUGACUACUAUGAUCAAGAACGAUAUAAUCAUCAAGAUCAUGAUCAUGAUCGUUAUGGCCAGAUGGAGCAAGAUAACUAUGAAGGAGGAAAGCUAGAUACACGUGACAAGGAUCGUGAUCGUGAGUAUAGGCGAUCGGAUAGGUCGCUUUCGCGUGAGUAUGAAUACUAAAGCAGUUCAAAUCAAAAUACGCACAUGUAUGUGCUCGUUUGUUCACCUUUUGUUUUGGUUUUGGUUUUGGUUGUGUGUUCUUUCGACUUUGGGCAUUUUUUACUCGGACUUGCAAAGUCCGCUCUGUUAUAGAGGGGUGGAUUGUUUUUCACGUUACAUGACAAGAAUUCUAAGUUGUAAUAUGCAGUGAACUUGUUUGACGUUUCGCAGACAUUGCUUGCCAUCUGGCUUAUGUUUCCCUCAUUUGUGCA